AUUUUUUUGACGUAACGAUCGGAUCGAUGUUCGACUCUGUGGGUUGAAAUGUACUGUGUCGUCAGGAAGAUUUGAUUUUGACUUGAAUUGAUUUGAUUUAGCCGUUAAUUAGUGUUGGAUAAUGCGAAGGGAUCCGUCAUAUUUUGAUGCUUCGGAGAGUAAUGACUGUAAAAUGGCGGAAAAUGGACAUGAAGAUGUGGAUAGUGUAGAUGAAAACCUGGACAUGGACGAUUCUGACGUAGGGAAUCCAAACGACACAGACUUUUAUGAUGAUUUACCAGAUUCAGUGAUAGUAACAAACAUCGGAGACAAUGUCUUUCUGGACCCCGAUAUUCAGAAACAGUUUGAAGAAGUGUUCAGAUAUUUUGACGAAGCAGUGACAUUUAAUUUCCUGAAAAGUUUUCGUCGAGUGCGGGUGAAUUUUAGCCAUCCUGAGUUUGCUGUGAAGGCAAAACUCGGCUUACAUGAAAUGGAAGUGUGUGGAAGUUGUAUAAAGUGUUACAUGGCUCAGCCGAGAGACAAAAGUCGGGACAAGAUUGACCCACACCUUCAACCUCCAGCUCCAACAAAGCAGUUUCUUAUCUCCCCACCUGCCUCGCCUCCUGUGGGCUGGGAGCCUAUAACUGAAUCAGAACCUAUUAUUAACUACGAUCUCCUAGCAGCCAUGGCAAACCUCGCACCAGGGGAAGCCCAUGAGUUGCACCCUCAGACAGAUAGCCAGCCUGCCAUCAUUGUACAUAUAUGUGACAAUGAGGAACCAGUCGAUCUUUACGGGAACAAACGCCCAAAACUGCCACAGACGCGCUGUCCAGAGCGCAAAACGUGAUAUCAGCAUCUUGUGGAUUUCUUUUUCCUUCCUGAAACUGUUUAUCUCAAACUGUUAAAGUCUACAAGAAAAGUGUUGUUGCAGACUUUAGGAUAAAGUAUCUUAACAAUCUGUUUUCAAAUUUUUAUCCGAAAGCCCUUUCAAAUUUUUUGUGUGAAAACAUGUUACUGAUUCCAUGCAAAGAUGUACAAAGAUUUUUCACUCUAUCAUUGUGUAAGACUAGUAGCCAAAAUUAACCAGGUCUUUAGGAAAUGUACAGAUGUAGUGUCUAGAGAGAACUAAUGAGACUAGUGGAGAGUGUUGGAUCAUGUUUAGAUACCUAUUUUAACAGCAAAAUAUCUAGGGAAACACUUGAUACACAUUGUACAAAUAUAAGGCUGAGCAGGGCUUGAUAGGUUUCAUAUACGUUAUUUUCCAAAGCAGUAUAAAUUGCAGUGAUUCAAUACACUAUAUCUUUACAUUCGUGUUCAUAUGGCUUGUGAUAGACUUGUUUGUAAAAAGAUGGACUUUUUGUAAUGUUUUACUAGGCUAAAAUCUUUGAUAUAUUAUAAACUUUAUGAAAUGAAAUGCUGUGGAAAAUGUACUACUAGAGUGUUUAACAAAAAAAAGAUAGAUUUGAAAAUUUCAGAUGAGAAAACUUGACAUAUCUUGCCAUAAACACCUUCUGCUAGUAUGAGUUUUCUUUUUGUGUGUUAUUUUGUUAUCUUUAUAAGGAAUUGUUAUUUAAUGUUGACAUUUUAUUUUUGUGAGGCCAGGAUAGCUCAUGUGGUUAGAGUGUUGGCUUACGUAACCUUAAGAUCUGAAGUACAUGGCUCCACACUUCUAUUUGUGGCAGUCUGUGAUGACAAGGUUUUGCCAUGGCAAGUACAUGGCUCCACACUUCUACUUGUGGCAGUCUGUGAUGACAAGGUUUUGCCAUGGCAAGUACAUGGCUCCACACUUCUACUUGUGGCAGUCUGUGAUGGCAAGGUUUUGCAAUGGCAAGUACAUGGCUCCACACUUCUACUUGUGGCAGUCUGUGAUGACAAGGUUUUGCAAUGGCAAGUACAUGGCUCCACACUUCUACUUGUGGCAGUUUGUGUUUCUCAGGAAGCUGAGAAACAGACAAGUCUGUGAUGACAAGGUUUUGCCCUUGGGCAAAACAGUCUACCCUUAUUUACUUUGGUUGACAUGCUAUGGGCCUCCCCUAUGUCUUUCGGUGAGUUAACCACCAGCUACUCCAUAACAAGCCUAUUCACAGAAUGAUAAACCCAACAAACCAAAUGUGUCAUUUCUUUUGUGUGAAUUAGUUUUUUCUGAAAUAGCACGCCAUGAAGGAUAAUGGAGUUUCAUGUUUUUACAGAUAUACGUUAGCAUUACGGAAAGCCUCUUGAUGGGAUCUGUGAUAUUGAUUUACUCUUUAACCCUAUUAGUAUUGUGGUCAAGCCAGCCUGAAAUGAUUGUAAUUGAUGGUUAUUUUGUUAGUGAUGUCUCAACAGGAGACAAAGCUAAAGAUGACGACAUAUCACUCAUGAUUUGUAUUCCGUAGUUAUUCAACAAUAACCCGAUGCCUGGUAAUAAGCCCACCCAUAUCUUCUGCAGCUUCUUUUGAAAUACAUAAAACUGUACCAACAAAUGCUGUAUUAUUGUCCUGUAAUAUGCCCAUCCCCCUACAUGGAGUCAGAGGCAAUGUCUUGGCCCCAUUAUAUCAUUGUCCUUUAAUAAGCCCAUCCCCCUACUUUGAGUCAGAGGCAAUGUUUUGUCCCCUGUCCUGUAAUAAGAUCAAACUGCGAAAAUAUACUAGGAAUCAGAGGACCCCGGCUUAUUACAGGAUAAAUAUGAAGCUUUUUAAAUUGAUAUUACCUUGAAUACAUUUUACCUGCAUGAUCCCUUUAAAAUUAUAUCUGUAAUAUAAUUAGCAGUACAUAUAUCAACCUUUAAUAGAUAUCCUUUGGGGCCUCUCAAUAUGAUAAGGAGACCAUCACUAUUUUGACUUAAUGUUGGGCAUAAUUUGCUUGGAAGGUUGUGUUUUCAAAGUGUCAUAUUUUUAAGAACCAUUUUUGAGGAAAAAAUAUUUUUGUCUGGGUGACUGGUCUCAUGAACCUUUUCUCAUAAACUGCAUAAAAUACUGUUGUGUUGUUAUCAUCACUUUUAAGAGUUACACCCCUUGUAUUUAUAAACCAAAGAAAGCCUUGUGAAAGUUGAAAUGUUUCUAGGUAACAUCCUACCUAAACAUCCUAAUGGUUAUGCUGCUGCCAACAAAGAAUUAUUGAUCCAACUCUUGUUAGAUUUUAUUAGAAGUAUUGUACAAUCUACAAGCAACAAGGAAGUCUCGGAAAAUAGACCUUGACUUUCAAUUCUAGGAACCUGAAAUAGAUGUACUCCAGAUUGAAUUGUACCAAACCAUGUCAUUUUUUUCUGUUGUUAAGGAAACACUGCAAUUCGUCAAAUUUUUGUAUGGUAACUGUAAACAUAGGAACCAGAUGUUAUUCCUUGCUGUUUGUACAUCAAGUCUGUUAUUUUGCAUUACAGAAUACUUUAUCCUUUCCAUAUAUACAUGUUUUCAUUGUUGAUAUCAUCAUGACCUACAAAGUACACAAUGUAUUGAAUUUACAAAAAAAAAAAUCAACUGAUUUUGAAACACAUUUUUCCAGGGAGUUGGGAGGUGUUUAGGUACAUGUGCAUGAAUGAAGAAAAAAAUUGUGAUUUUAUUAUUUAAUGCUGAUGAUCUUUUUGUCUUUGAGUUAAUAAAAGAAAUGAGGCAAAUAAAAACAGGAGAAAAAAAAUUGAAUUAAAAAACCUUGAUGUCAUAUUUUCAAACUGAUAUUCAGGAUUAUAGCCCAUUGUUCAGUUUUGAUACAAAAGUUUGCCAAAGGACGGGGGGGUGACUUCACCUAAUUUGCAAUACUCGCCUUCUUGUUGCAGAUAUACAUGUACACAGUAUUAAAGUGGUGUUAAUUCUACAAGAAAAUAAAUGUUUUAUAUCAAAAUUUGUGAACCCAAAUACAGUAGCUUGUUCUUCAUAUACCCACACUGUAUGCCAUUUCUUUUAGAUAGAACAGAUUUAGUAACUGCCAUUUUGAUUUCAUACAAAUAAAUGCGUUUCCCCAAGCACAAAAAAUAGUGUUUGAAAAUGAUGUACAGGCACUGCUUUGUAAUAAAGGCACAAAAAUGUUUUUAUCAUUCUUUCUUGUUGGAAAAAAAUGGCAUCCUAUUUUGUGAUAUCACUUAACAAAUUGUUGAUCUUUAUAUUGUACAGCGUAUCCUGCCUCAAUGAGAAAACAAAAGCUACAAAUUUUUUUUGACAAAUGCAAAAUGCAAAUGUUGAAAAAUACAAUAUAUAUCAAUUUCAGUUGCAUUUUGGAUUAAAUUAAAAGAAAUAUAGAAAAAUCAUUCUUGGUCACAGGUGAAAAUGUACUUACAUAUUGGAAUUUUACUUGGAUUUGAGGAUGUUGAAAGUGUCAUACCAUACCUUUGCUGUUCCAGGCAGUAUUGUAUAGCCAGUGUAUAUAGAUAUACUAUCCGUUACAAACCUGUAUAAGUUGUCUCCCCUUACGUAAGCCUCGAUCAACAAGAGCUGCCUGCUAAUGGUAAGGAUAUUGUUAUAUUGCUGUUGGUUUAUUGAAUAAAGAAUCUCUGAAUCAGA